AUGAGUGUCCGAUGCAGCACCAUCAGCCCCCACAAGCCUCCUCUGACCGAGGAGAACCUGCCUGAUCAGUUUGGAAAGCUCGUGAAGAUUCUAUACCAAAGGAACGCCAAGAUAUGGCUGGCAGCUCGAAGCCAGUCCAAAACCCAAGCUGUCACCCACGGGAUCAAGGCCGCGCAUCCGGGGUCCAGCGGAGACAUGAUAUUUCUGAAGCUCGAGCUCGAUAACUUGACUACUAUCAACUCAACUGCCCAGGAGUUCCUCGAGAGAGAGAAUCGACUUGAUGUGCUCAGGAACAACGCUGGUGUGAUGGUUCCUCCUCAGGGGGUUAUCUGGGUGUCCUCUAGCGCUGCGGACGGAGCAGCUCGACCAGCAAUCGACUUCUCCAACAUGUACUAUCAUAAAGAGGAAGGUAUUUGGAGCAAGUAUUCAAGAAGCAAGGCGGGAAAUGUUCUUCAGGCAGCAGAAUAUGCUCGCCGAGUGAAGACAAGCGGAAUCAUAAGCUUGUCUUUGAACCCCGGCAACUUUGUUACCAACCUUCAGCAGAACAUGCCGAAAGUCCAGUUGGCAGCGUUUAAACUCAUUUCGCACCCACCGAAGAACGGUGCCUACACGGAGCUGUUUGCUGGGCUUGACCAGUCCAUCACUAUGGAAUACAGCGGUGGAUGGGUUUCCCCAUUCGGGAAAAAAGAAAACGCUGGGAAAGAUAUCUUGGAUCCUGAGUUGGGUGGCCAAUAUUGGGAAUGGUGUGACGCUCAGAUUCAGCCUUACUUGGGCACGUUCCUAUGGGCUUGGGUGGAGUUGGGCGAAGCCGUCAAGCGGAAUAUCUUGACUAUGGGUUUCCCAUGUGGAAUCCCGGCCAUUGUCGUUGUUUGUUGACGUUGUUUGUUGUGCGCUGAAUCGGAAUAAGAAAGCCUUGGGGGCACUGGAUAUGAAGAAUAGAGCAGGAAUCAAUGCAAUUUGAAUUUGGUGAAGCGUGUGCUGUCCGGGGUUUAACACAUAUUUUGGCGGUGAGAGGAAACCAACAGAAUGGAG